CAUAUUUUAAGAGGAUCUAACGCUGCAAAGCCUUUCAGUCGUAGAGGAAGUUUGUUGAGGAAUGCAUUUGUUACGCCCCUCACGGCAUCCGCUAAAGCUCGGUCCGGUCCUGCGACAACAAUACCUAACAACUCGUACAGCACCACGGAGACUUCAACCGAACAUGCACCUCGUCGCUAACCUGCGCUCGGCCACGCUCACGGGCGCUUCUUUGCAUAGGAUCCGGUUGUACUCGACCACGACUGUCCAUAGCCUGGAUAUUCUCGUGGAUCCUCGUGUCAUAUCGCAGCCGAAACGAAACGAAAAGAGCAAGAAAUCCAACAAACCUUCCUACCGCUUCGUGGAUCGGGUCAGGGUCCAGGUUUCGGGAGGUGCCGGGGGAAAGGGGUCCCUUUCCUCCGAACAAAUGCGCCGCCGACAUCAUUUACGGCCGGAUGGUGGGCACGGUGGUCAUGGAGGUCAGGUCUUCCUCGUCGCCGAUCCGAGGGAGCAAACGCUGUCGUGGACGCAUCCACACGCGCAAGCGGAAAAGGGCACCAACGGGUCGAGCAAGGAAUGUUCCGGACGGAAAGGGGAAAACCUGAUUAUACGAGUUCCCUCUGGGAAUGAAGAAAGUCUUACCGAUUCAGUACGACGCACCGUGGUGAUUGCGGAUUUGGAUGAACCUGGUUCCUAUGCUUUGGUGGCACGGGGCGGCCAAGGAGGAAUUGGCUCGUCUUACUAUGCGAGUGCACAGGGACCUACUCCUGAUGCGAAAAUCUUGAUUCGUAAGGCCAAACCAGAACCUGGUGAAAUUGCCUUUCUGGAGCUGGAGCUCAAGCUCAUCGCAGACAUCGGGCUAGUUGGUUUCCCCAACGCUGGUAAGUCCAGUCUCCUACACGCUAUGAGCCGAGCUUCGCCCGAGAUUGCUCCCUAUCCGUUUACCACACUGCAUCCCCUUAUUGGAUGUAUUGAAUAUCAGGAUGGAUACAGGAUCCGAGCGGCUGACAUUCCAGGUUUGAUCGAAGGCGCAUCUGAAGGCAGAGGUUGUGGACACGCCUUUUUGCGCCACAUUGAACGAACGAAGGCACUCUUGUACAUUGUCGAUGCAGCAGGUACAGACUUUCGGGAUCCAGCGGAAGAUUUGAAAAUCUUAGCGAAAGAGUUGGAAUCUUACGGUGACGGAAGCCUUCUGGAACGACGUGCGCUAGUGGUUGCCAACAAGCUGGAUCUUUUGACGGAAGAACAAGCCUUCGAGAUUCUCGAAGCGGUCGGGCAAGCU